UUGCACGGAACAUACAUGAGAAAGCGAACGUCAACCCAGCAACAAGAUAUGGGCCGCUUGAAGCAAAGCUUCGGCGACUUAUAAAUUCGUAUGAUGGCCACGAUGAUGGCUCUGCCGUCGGUUGGUCGCCCUGUCAAAGGGUCGAACCCGUCGAACACCCGAGUGAUUGUGGCUCUACGCGUGAACGGCGUGUGCCAGGAGUGUGGAUCAUGUGGAAUUGCGAAUGCAAUCGACCUGUGAUGAUGGACCGCUUAAAGCAGCUAAAAUAGUUUUUUUACGAUAAAUGUGAGCUGCGGGUUGACAACAGGGAUGUCAAGAAUGACAAGCGACUCUAGAGAUGUCUCAUUCUUCCGGUGAAUCUGUUGAAAGAGUAUUGGUUUGUAAUUUUUGUUGACAAUUUCUGUACAUACGAAGCAGCGUUGACGGUAUGAAGGCUUUUUGGAAAAAUUCCAAAGUUCGGUACCUGUUCCUAUGCAUAUUGAUCACCUUCGUCGUAUCUUGCAUAAUCGGUAUUACACCGAUUAGCUUAGAUGAGUGCAAAUGCGAUAUCCAAGAUUCACCUUCCAAACUAAUCAGACAAGUUCAGCGAACAAAUCAAAUCAAAAGUGGCAAGCAUCGUCUGGCUAUACUCGUGCCAUUCAGGGAUCGCUUUGAUGAAUUGCUCAUUUUUGUCCCUCACAUGCAUAAGUUUCUUAGUAAACAGAACAUUUGGUACCAUAUAUUUAUAGUGAAUCAGAUUGAUAACUAUAGGUUCAAUCGAGCAUCGCUCAUUAAUGCAGGUUUCUUGGAAGUACAAAAAGACUUUGACUACAUAGCGAUGCAUGAUGUUGACUUAUUGCCUAUGAACGAUGAACUGCUGUAUCAUUACCCAGCACAAGGACCUUAUCACAUUGCCUCACCUGAACUUCAUCCGCGAUACCAUUAUCCUACUUUCGUUGGCGGUAUUUUACUUGUAAAUAGUAGCCGCAAUUUUCCUUCCAGAGAGCAGUUUGUACAAGUCAAUGGAAUGUCGAACAAAUACUGGGGUUGGGGUUUGGAAGACGACGAAUUUUAUGUAAGGCUGAAAGAAGCUGGUUUGAAUGUUGGCCGGCCAGAAAAUGUCAGUACUGGAACGCACAACACAUUUAAACAUAUACAUGAUAGGAAUAAGAAAAAACGAGACAUGACCAAAUGUUACAAUCAACGUGAAGUUACUCGCAGACGGGAUCGACGAACUGGUCUCAAGGAUGUAUCCUAUGAAUUGGUCGACGUCACAGAACUUAAGAUUGCAGGAACACCUACAAUAACUGUGUUUAAAGUAUCAUUAGAUUGUAAUAAAACUGAUACACCGUGGUGUGAUUGCACUAAAUCAGAUGACAUGAAAGGUGAAAAGGUGGAAGACAAAAAAAAAAAUAAAAAAUCUCAGCAUGGAUCAUGAACAAAACUAUUCCUUGAAGGACAAAAAUUAAAAAAACUAAAGUUUUAUGAUUUUACAAAUUUUUCUAAUCCUCAUAACUUCCUUUUUGAGUAUUUAUAACAUUAAGGAACUAAGGUACAUACAAAAAUCGUAGCCACGAAAGAUCUAUUUAGUCUUCAUCUCGCCAUUAGAGUACGAUAAGCCUGUAAACGCGAAAAUUGCAUUAAAUGUAAAAAAAUAGUUUUCAACGGUGCAUUGUGAUAUCUGAAAACUGGAAUGGAUGGAAAUAUUUCGUUUUUCGGCUGUAACUGUUGAUUCGCUGUUUGCAGUGGUUUCAGUCUAAGCGCAAUCGAUUUCUUGCGCAAUUACCUCGGUAUAACGUCGGAAUGAAUUAGUUUUAUCAUUUUGCGAAGACCACAGAAAACGACCUAAAAAAUUACAAAGUGGUUACCCUUGCUUUGUUUCCCAGACUAAAUAUUUUUGUCUCACAAUCUACGUAAACCCUUCAGAACGGUGGUUCAGUCCAGUAGAAUUCAAAAAUUCAUAACAAAAGCUUCACUCAUCAGAUUUUUAGUUUAAGGGAAAAUCUUGUUAACAGUUGCAUCACUAAUCUGAAAAAAAUAUAUCGGGGAUUGUUCCGUCAUUUCAAUAUGUUUUCUGGUGGAAUAAGUACAGCUGGAGUAGUCGAAGAGAUGCUUGUAAUUUUCAUUUUCAUAUCUAAUUUUUUGGCUAUUUAAAAUUAAUUUGUUAUCUAGAAGAAAAAUAUUGACGUUUCUAAAAUAGGCUCAAAUGUUAUGAAAAAAAUGUAUAAAUUCCGCAGCUAUUAAUGCAAAGUUGUAAACUUGAAAAAAAAUACAAGUCCACUGUAGUAAUGGAUGCAUAUAACUUGUGAGGAAAAUUCAAAAAAAAAAUCAGAUUCAAGUUAGUUGACAGAUACAAAAUCGAAAUACGUGGAAAGUGAUGUGUCUUACCGUUAGAUUGAAUUUAGUUUCGAAAGGGCUUAACAACUUUUUCUCGACUAAUUGGACCCCAAGGAAUUAGGUGAAAUCAUAUUUUUCACCUAUUUUCUACAAUUUUUUUUUUAAGAAUCAAUAAGGAAUUUUUGGAUUCGGGUUUUUGUGGUCAACAACAUAGUAUUUAAACUAUCUUUCGAAAAUAUUUUAUUGCAUAAUAUUACAAAAUCACGGCUUAUCCAUAAUAGUGUCAAAUGUGUUUUUUACUGUUCGAUAUGAUAUUUAAAGUUCCAGUUGUCCUUAACAGAAAAUUCAAAAAAUUAGUUAGUUUACUUUAGUUUAGUUUAUUCAACAUUCCUUAUUCUAUUAAAAGUAUUCAGUUGUCAUCAGUGUAUAAUGUUAUUAUGAUAUGUUUUGUAAUCAUAAUCACAAGUGAGUGUUCAACAUUGUAUGAUAUUGUGUGGUCUUCAUGUUUUUAUUUUAUUCAUUGCGGAAUAUUUUUUUUCUCUUUUCUCUUUCCUCGUUGUCAUGGAAUGGCCCUACAUAAAUUGUGGAAUUUCCGUGCAGAGGGGAAGGUUGGGAUAGUUAUAGAUUAUAUGUAUAUUUUACUUGCAA